GCAACAACGGGAAUGAACUUAUGAAACAGUACAAAGUGCAUGCCUUUGCUCGUGACCGGUACGUAAUAUGUACACGGGGUUUGGGAUUGACUCAGAGGCACUUCGAAAUCAAUCUUGAUACUCACUGAUUCUGCCAAACUGCCAUCAUGACGAAUACCUUACUGUCGCAAAUACAAGCCCUGGGAGUUGUCGUGGACAUUGAUUCAAUGGAUCCAAAGGCAGCCGAAUCCCUGUCUGUCUCGACGACGUUUCAUUCCAUGACAUCCAAUCAGGCGAUUGUGAAUGGCCAGUUACAAGUACAAUGGGACGCGAACCUGGAAUCCCUUGUGUCUCAGUAUGUCCAAGACGCUGCAAUCGACAUAUCAACAGAGGAUGGUAUUUUGAAGGUGCUUAAUCUCGUGACUGUCCUUCUAGCCAGCAAAGUCAUUCCAUAUUUGGACAAGGCGGGUAGGGUUCUCGCACAAACAUCCCCUCGCACAGCGUACAACAAAGAUGCCACCGUUGCACAUGCAAAAGCUCUCAUCAAUGUCUUUGGCAAACACGGCAUAUCUAGAGAUAGGGUCUGUAUAAAAAUACCAGUCACUCCCGAAAGUAUUCUUGCGUGCAAGGAGCUAGAAGAAGGUGGCAUACGUACACUCGGAACUUGUUUGUUCUCUGUCCCACAGGCUAUGGCAGCAUCGCAGGCGGGAUGUCUCUCCAUUUCACCUUACUUCAAUGAAUUACGAGUACACUUUCCUGAAGGUGCCUCCUCAUAUAUUGAAUACAGCGACCCCGUUCGGCAACAUCCGAUGUCACCGAUCAUAUACUCCAUUAUACAAGCCUUCAAGGAGAGACAAACAAGCACAACUGUGGUGCCAGCGAGUAUCAUCACACUAGAUGAGGCUGUUGCUCUAGCAAGACUUCGUCCGCAUCACUUAACCAUACCGGACAGGGUUCUCGCUCUGCUGGCUGUUGCUCCUGAAAGAUUGGAUGAUGAGUUAUCUGCUGUUACAUUGAAAGUGACUGGAGAAACGUCUGCGUUUGAUGCUGACUAUCUGUCCAACAACGCAGCUGCCUUGCAAAUGGCACUUUCAAAAGAUGCAGAAACAUCCCGGAAGAUCAAAGAAGCUCUUGAGAUAUUUGGUCGGCAGGAGGAGGAAUCGAUCCAGUUCUUGCGGAAGGCGUUGUCUGCUAAUGAAGCCUGACCAGUGGCCUCACAACUGAACGUUCAAUUGUGUUAUCAUGUCAAAAACUUCGUAUUGUCGUAAAGGGCACAAAGCUUGCAUUCAAGUUGCUAAAUACAGUCGCAGCAUUUUGUACAUAUCUCAAUUACAGUUAUUCCACGUACGAGAGAAGGUGUUCUUGCUGUUAUACAAACAAGGACUUUCAUGAACGACUCCGAUUGAGGACAACAUCCUUACUGUGCAGUGCCGCCGUGACAAACUCGAAUGG